CGGCGAUAGGCAGUCAGUCGGUCGGCAACCAGCGCGCCACACGGACGUGAAGUUCGCUCACGUUUUCGUCCCGUUUUCACGCUGAUCCUCGUCAACAUCGUCACGCGUGAUCAGCGUUCAUUCCCUGAUCUUUACAGAAUACCGUGCGUGUAAUUCUCCAAUAGGAAGUGACAGAGACUUCGUUAGGCCUUCGUUAUCACCCUCGAUGGUAGCCAGCUUCUUUGAGUUCCUCGGGUGUUCGGCAGUCGGUUUGGAACGAUAAAUUUUGGACGAACGAGGGUGUAACUGGCAGCGCAGAGUCGAUUAAAGCUCGGAUCGAUCGAAGUUUUGAACGGCGGAAAGGGUGUUUCGCUGUCGGUCGCGGCGACGAGGGAGUAUCGAUGUCCAGUGAUCACGAGUUCGAAUGACGAGCAGCGAGCAGCGUCCGACAGGACAUGACAGUGGACAGAACGUGUAAUAGAAGUUGACAGGCGAGCACUCGGUGGGUUCGAGCGAUGCGUGCCUAUGUAGGGAUGAGCGUCACGUUCAGCUGAUGGUGCCACCCGAACAUUUAUUCAAAUCCUAGCCGAGGGAAGAUCGUUGCCUUACUUAAUUCUCAGUAGGACAUAAUCUCUCGUCAAGCGUGGAGUAUCGUCGAGAACCUGAUAUAUAUUUUGUAUGUAUUUUCUAAGAACUAGCGAGCACGCGGAGCGUCGUCGACAAGAGUCUUCCAAAAGUUUCGCCAAUCCUCGUGUUCUUCCAGAAGUAUCGUUCGCUCGAUCGACGAAGCUCGCUUGUCAAUCAAAACCUAUCAUAUCCGAACAGUUUUUAAAAAAGUUACUACGACGUCCAGGAAGGAAUUCAAGCGGAAAGAGCCAAAUAUUUGCGAUCAGCACUCGAAGUGAAAAAGUCCCACGGGUUCUAGUGAACCACGCGUACGUCGUCUCCGGUCGGACGGUUGCGUUGCAGCUGCAACGAUUUCGAGACAGCUGCGACGCGAUUCUGCGGAGGGUGGCACGAGACUACGAGAACGACGAUCGUUUGCGAAGGUGACAGGAGACGGUCGAAUUUCGAGGGUGGAGGCGACAGAGGAGGCGACGAGACUGGAAACGAAGGAGGUGGAGGGUGACAGUGGUGUCGACAGUGGCGGUGGCAGUGGUGUCAUCGAUGACAGUGAUAAAACUAUCGUCGACUGCGAAGGUAACAACAACAACAACGACGACGACGACGACAGCAGCAAGAAAAGUGACGGCAGUAAGAAAACUGGAAACUGUGCCGCUGGUGGUGGUGUCGACGGUGGUGGAGUCUCGUGCAGGGGUGGAACGUUACGACUUUUAAGGGGACUGGUCGAGGGCCCGAUAGGCAGGGUGGCCGCACGAGUGCACCGUUGGGGAACGACUGGAGGGGUCAAUCCCUCUGCACCCUCAGGACGGGAAUGUCCCGGCGGAGAGGGCACCCCCCGUCGGAACAUCCUCGACGCCACGAAGAAUCGCCGGCUGAUGGGCGCCAACCUCACUAAGCAGAGCAGGAGAGAGGCUACACAACGAGAUGUGGAACGCGAACGACGACAACGAAUGGAAGCGGAAGCUCGUGUACGCGAGGCUACGGCCGAGGCUGAAAGAGCACGCUCCAGGGUUCAUCAUCUUCAGAGAGAAUUGGCUAGGAUGGAGGAGACGUCACGAGGGUUGCUGCAGCAUAAGCACAGGGCCGAACAGUUGAAGCAAGAGAAGACUGCGCUCACGCUUUCCUACGAGGCACGCGUGCAUCAGUAUCAGGCACAGAUCUCGAAACUGCAGUUGGAGAACGAGUCGAUGAGGGGUCAGCUGCGCGGUUUGGAGGCUGCGUGUGCUGGCGAAGUGCACGCCGCGUUGGUGGCACGUCUGGCGACCUUGGAAACGGAACACGCCGCCUUGGCGAGGGACGCCGACGCUCAGCGUCGACAGUACGAGCGGUGCUUGGACGACGUCGCCAACCAGGUGGUCCGCGCCCUCCUAUCCCAAAAGGGUCUCAGGGAAGAAAUCGGUGCGUUGCAGAGGCGUAUCAGAGAGCUCGAGUCACAGAACCGAGCGCUUUCAGGAUUAUUGGCCCAGGCCACGAAUCCUGGGAGUCCGACAGAGUUGAUUCAGGGGAUUCUCGAAGCUGGACCAGCUGCGGUCGUAGCUGCGCUUGGUCUGGACCCAGCCUGGGUUCCUUUGUCGAGGCCGCGCUCCCUCAAUCUGCAAAUUCCAGUCAUGGCUGCUACAAAAUGUCGAAGGAACAGACCAUUGGCCCAGAAACCGUCAGAAGAAGAAGGCAGUGAGAGUCCGGAGAGCGGGAACAGGGACGAGGGUUACUCGACGAUGUCCAGCGAUGUGCAGGGCGAGGGUGCUCGACAGGAACCGUCUCGGGGGUUGGAGGAUCUGAAAGAAGCGACCGACGAGACCGAGGCGGACGUUUCGCCGGAUGCACGGCUGGUCGCCCUGGACGCCGGCGACCCGGACGUCCUCUUUUUGCCGUUGAAUCUCACCGUAGGGAUAAAUCCACGCCACAGCUACCCGCCGACCAAAGACUUGCUGCCGUAUCAGCAUGUAAUGCGCAGCUUUUCGGACAGUCAUCUAUGCCUCAAGCUGACCACCACGACCAAUUUCACGCCGUACAAGCUGCCCAGUCCCGUGGGAUCUUCGUCUCUGCUUCUAGUCGAGGAGGAAGGUUGGGACGCCGAAUACGUGCAACAAUGGCUAAGGUUGGACGACAGCAGGAGUGCUCAACAACAUCGAGAUCUCCUCGAGUUGGAAUACGAUAGGGCGGAACUGGAAGAUUGGAGUUUCUCGUUGUCCACCGAGGACCUUGUUCAGAACGAGUCCGCGGUAUGGAAGGAACCCGCCGCCACCACCACUAAUACUACCACUACCACUCCUGCGCUUCCAGCAAUCAAGGAGCAUAAUCCUCUGGAAUUGGAAGAGGACGCGAAUGAAUGCUUGUGGAAUGGUGCCAGUUACCUUGCCGAUAGGACGGGAGGCGAAUUGGUCGCUCUUCUGAUGGACGCUAGAGCCACUGGAUCAUGGCCGUAUGCUACGAGUCCCGGUGCUUCCUGGAGCAGCGAGGAAGGAGCGUUCGAGAACUCCAGCAAACGAUCUUCGGCAGCGUUAUCCGGCUGCAGCGAUGAUCCGGACUCUCCGUCUAUUGGCACUGACUUUACCAGAGACUUUUACAGAUUGGUGAAAUUUGAGAGUACGAAGAGCUUAGCGAGCACUUCGUCGAGAAGCGGAAGACCACCGCCCGAUAGAGAACAAGCUUUGCAGAGCGUACUAUCCUUUAUUGCCGAGCAGCAAAUGUACUUGGCCGAAUUACCGAACAAUUUGCUAGAACACAAUGGUGCAGCUCUUACAACGGAAGUUCUGGAGGAAACGGAGAAUAGGGACGAGUGCGGACCCGAAGCGAUGUGCUCUGAAAUAGAAAUGUCCGUCGAUCAAAAUAGCAGUAACACGGAGAACAUUGGUGAAACGAGCAGUAACGACGAUCUGUUGGAUCAGAUAACCGUACCCUCCUUGGCGCCGGAGGAGAGAAUAAUCAGCGCGGUGGCUUGUAAUGGUGGUGUCUCUUAUACCACCGUUGCGCCGUCCGAAUUGGGCGCCGUUCCCGAAGAAGACGAAGAAGCGGCUACCUCGUCUACACCGAGCACGGUUGUGAGUCCGGCAAGAGCGCCGCUAUUAGUCGAGGGCAGGGAUCGAUCGCUGAGCUUUCACGAACGAGCCACGUCGAAGGACGUGAUAGAUGAACUGAACCGAAUGAUCAGAAAGGGAGAAGAGAAUAUCGUCACCCAAGAAACGCAGGUGCCGCUCGAGAAAUUGGAUCUCGCUUGCUGCUGCCCGACGGGAUGGGUUCACGUUGAACGAGACAUUGACUUUACUGACCCGAAAGCAAGAGCCAAUCUUUUAGACGUGAUGUUAGAAAGCAGUGAAAGUUCUUCGGCGACAUCGAGCAGCGGAUCAGCCGGAAGUGACUCGGGGGAUGAACCGCCUGAUUACCGUCACUUGCACAGACUACACCGAUACCGACGACAAAAGAAAGCAUCGGCGGCCCAGGCACACCGUGUCCUGCGACUGCCGUCCACCUGGGGCUCGUCGAGGCCGUCGAUCAUCGGACGUGGUGACGAUUUCUUCGUGCGAUACGGGGAUAAGGAGCGCGAAGCCGUGGCCUCCUUCGACUUCCUCGACGAGAUUGUGGCACCAUCCUCGACAGGUUCGAACACCAGUCUCAUCGACUUGGACGACACACCGUCUUUGGAGCUUCGCAGCGACAUCAUGAAGCUUUCUCCACUCUAGAAUUUAUGCUGGACCUAGCUCGCGCAUUAAGCGAAUACAGGGGGAGCGGUACUUCCUUAGAGGAUUACACCCAAGGAUUUAUCACAGCGUACAGUCAAAUCAUAUUACGUGAGAUUUUCAUAUUUUUAAAUCGCGUCUCGAAUACGAAAGAAGACAAAUUAUAGUUUGCUGUAUAUAAUUACUCCUCCUGUAUUUGCUUGUUCUAUAAUUCAAGGAAAUUUAUUGUCAAGCGAGAACUCUCGUGAGAAUAUAUAGGCAAACUGAUUCGCUCAACUCGUGUGGGAAUCCACAUGCAUCGGAUAAAAAUUGUAUCACAACACAUUUUCGCAAGCAAAAUGCGUAAACUUUAUUAUUCGUAAGAUGAACAUGUUCUGUAGCUACUUGGCUGAAUAUCAGUAUAUCAGUUUCAUUAUAAAUACAAUUCGUCUUCGAAAACUCCUCGCCUACUCUUGGUAUAUAAAUAUAAAACUAUUUUCUUUCUACGCAUUAUGCCGUUUGCCUAUCUAUAACAAAAGUUCUCGAAGUGUACAUUCUACUUUGAUUCCCAGCUACUUAUUAAUUGUUACUAUAUUCGCAAAUAAUCAGAUCUGUACAUAUUAUACCGAGUCUCCUGUAAAUAGCAACAAUUGUUUAUUUCUCGCUUGCAUAUUCAAGAUAUUAAUUGCAAGAUGAAAAAUAUUAUUUAAUUUUGAUAAAAGAAAUUUGACGAAGUAAUCGCAUAAGAAUUACGUAUUUAUUACAAGAAGGCAUUGCUUCGUUUUCAUUUGAGAGCUUCCUCUGAGUACACAACAACAAUUUCAUUUAAACGAUAUUAUUAUUUUUGUUCCUCUUCGAUUUGCGUGUAUAAAACGUCAGAAGAGACUUCAUCGACUGCAAAACGAUUUCUUGCUCACAGGAUGGAAGUAGACGUCUCAAUUAAUAGAUACGUGCACGUAAACGCUGAAAGAUGAGGAACGUCGAAGCGUAAGAGGUGGUCUAAGCAUUAUUAAUGCGUAAUAUGUACAAACAUGAAUUACGAUGACGAAGUGAAUGUCAUAGACUGGGACUAUGAUCGCACUUUAAAUGUACACUCGCAUAUUUCAAAUAGUACUUCCAUUGUCAGAUGAUCAGAUGAUCUAAAUGACAUCUGUUUCCAUUGCGCACACGAAAUCUAAUGUACACACUCGUAACAUUGCGUUCUGUAAAGAAAAUGUGAACCGAUCAAUUACGACGAUUAGCGAACGGCGCGUGACGUGAAAUGUUUAGGUAGAAUACGACUGUUUCUACAUUUUUCAAAUGGUGACGUAUACACGUAAUUUAUAUAAAUGUAAUGCAGUCUCGCGCAUCACUCUUCCGAAAUUGAGCUUAGAAAAAUCUAGAUUAAGGAUACUCGAUGAUUUUUGUACGAAUAUGAAUUUGUACUCGCUUGUCAACACGCUAACGUCGAGGACUCGUAGGUAUUAUAAAAGAAAAUAUCCUGUCGCGUGGAACACUGUUAAACGCGUGCAACUUUUCCUUCCGUCUUCAACGAACGAAAAGGAAAGUAUUGAAUGUAUUACUUACCAAAUGUAACAUAAAAUAUAGAGGGAGUUCAAAUUUAAACGUGCACCUGACGCGACGCGUGGAUCGUAGUCGAUAGAAAUGGAGACAAGGGAGAAGAGAAAUCAUGGGGAGAACUCGCAACUGGAAAAUAGUAAUAGAGACGUAUGAUCAAAACGCCAUACGUGGUAAAUGUUUCAUCGUAAUUUGUACAUGAUUCAUACGUUACGUUAACUUGCGUUCGGUCAAAUUACUAGGAGAGUAAAUAUAGUGUGACGCGUUUAAGGUAUAAAUAAAGUUGAUAGAAAUCGAAAUAUUUUACACGUAGAAAUAGCAUAUAAACACAAUGGAUAUUUUCAAUAAUUGAAACGGAGAUUGUACGAACAUAAAGUUGUCUUUUCGAUCAAAUCAUUUUUACAAUUCCUUAUAUCCACCUGUGUGCAUUACACAAAAAACGGUCUGCUGAUCUUCCGCGUGUAUUAUUAAAAUGAACAAAAAAGUAAUGACGCUUCAACCCAAUAAUUAUUAUUUUUAACUAACAAUCAUUAUGUUAAUCACAACGAACGAGUUCCGAAACAAAAACAACUUUUGUUCUACAAUCUCGAGGAUAAACGUUCAAUGAUAGAUUGUAAGGAACGCGUAUAAGUUACGUUUACGUUAUAUUGAAAACGCGAUCAUUGCGAGCACUGAUUUUUCAAUCCCAAUCGAAGAUGAAGGGACGUGCGAUUGGGACAAUGUAAAUAGAAUGUAUUAUAGCACAACAGAUGUAAGUUAUCUUCUCUUCAACUUAAUAAAUAACGACAAUAUAACGAAUGUAAAUGCGCAUGCUCGAUGUUCAAUCUAGAAAACCGUUCCUAUCGAAUAUUAUUAAUACUACAUAAAUAUAUAUAUAUGAUUCUAUCAGUUCACUCGAUCAUAUUGUGCAUUAAGAUAUAGACGAGUAUUUCAAUAAAUAAAAAGAUAAUUUAAUUA